AUGCUGCUGCUAAAAAGCAUCAACAAUACAACUCCAUCCGGAAUGGACGCACGCCGCUUCAAAAGACUAACUCUCAAAUUGUAUGAAGAGUCUGGUGUCCCUAUUGAACCCUGUGGUCAAAAUGAAAUAAAACAGUUUGAAGAAGUCUUGGAUGUUCAAGUACACAUUUCAGCAGAGCAUUUUAACAAGUGUCAAAUGAAACACAGUGCACCUAAGAAAGAUAUUGUUGAGAAACCAAUGAUCAGUUCUGAGUUAAGAUCUCAAGUUGAUCUGAUAGAUCUGCAGUCAAACUCAGAUGGUGAAUAUAAGUUCAUAAUGGUGUAUCAAGAUCAUUUAACUAAGUUUGUCCAGCUACGACCUUUGAAAACUAAGAGGGCUGAAGAAGUAGCGUAUCGCGUUCUUCCAAUAUUUUUAACAUUUGGUGCUCCAGCAAUAUUGCAAUCAGAUAAUGGUAGAGAAUUCAGUAAUCAAGUCAUAUCCGAAAUAUGCGCUAUGUGGAAAGAUGUUAAGAUAGUUCGCGGAAAGCCUCGUCACAGUCAAACACAAGGCUCAGUUGAAAGGGCCAAUCAGGAUAUACAGAAUAUGCUAACUGCAUGGAUGAACGAUAACAAUACAAAUAAAUGGUCAGAAGGUUUACCCUUUGUUCAAUUUGCCAAGAACACUACAUACCACGAAGGAAUACGCCAAAGUCCUUAUGAAGUCAUGUUUGGCAUUAAAGCGAAAAGAGGCAUAGCAUCAUCUUUUUUGCCUAGCGAACAAAUCGCAAGUAUCGAAACUGAGGAACAGCUUCAAGAAACUGGUAAUACUUCUGAAAAAAAUUUGAGCGGUGGUCAAACCGAAAACCAAAUUCCAAAGAAAAAUAUUGAAGAGGAUGUGAAGACGUGGUAG